AAUGAAAGAGGCUACCUCAGCAUCCACGCGUGCACAGUGGUCUGACAGCUCGCGCUCCCCUCUGAUCGGGAUGGUAUAGCCCACAGAGGGAGAGAGAGAGAGAGAGAGAGAGAGAGAGAGAGCGCGUCUGGCUCUGCACAGCCUCAUUCACAUAAAGCGGCGAUUCCUUUAACUCCGUGUUUGCAUUAGUGAAGAGGAGGAGGAGGAAGGAGGAAGGAGACGAAGAGAAGCGGUCACUGCACAGGGGUUUUGUCGUCUCACCAUCCAGUCCAGUUCCUACCAGUCCCCUGGAGAAGACAUGGAGGGAGUCAGCAGCAACAGGAGCAUGUCUUACAGUAGAUGGAGUUAUGACAGCACUUUAGACGAUGAGGGCACCAACCUGCGACAGCAGAAACUGGACAGACAGCGAGCGCUCCUUGAACAGAAGCAGAAGAAAAAGAGGCAGGAGCCUCUGAUGGUGCAGUCCAACGUGGAUGGGAGAUCUCGCACUCGCCGCACCAAACAGAGCGAGGAACAGGCGCCGCUGGUGGAGUCCUACCUCAGUAGUAACAGCAGCACUAUUUACCACGUGCAAGAGGCUGAACAGGAGGAGGUGAAGGUCGUAGCAGAUGCACAGCCGCCUCGCUCAGCCAAGAAGGGCAGAGCAUCGGCCAGCUCCACUCCACAGACGGGCAGUGACAAAAAGGAGAGGAGGGGGAAGCACAAAGCAAUCGAUGGCCUGGCUUCCCUGCAGGAUGACGGUCAGAUCCAGAUCCUGACAGUGGGUCACAGCACCACAGAGGAGGGCGAGGCGGAGCCCGUCAUGAGCUGCACUCAGUCACAGAGCAAACAGGAUCUGCGUGUCACCAUGCUCAAGAAAGGUAUAUCAAGCAGUAUGAAUUUUGACGAAGAGGAGGACGAUGAAGAUGAAAUCAGCUCCAGUUCCUCACAGCUCAACAGCAACACAAGGCCGGGCUCCGCCACCAGCAAGAAGUCAUGCAAGGAGGUGGCGUCAGCGCCCACUCCACCAGUCAAUGAUCCUUCCAUUGACGUGGACGACCUCGAAGAGUUUUCUUUGCGACCUGCACCACAGGGUGUCAGAGUGAAAUGCAGGAUCACCCGAGACAAGAAGGGCAUGGACCGAGGCAUGUACCCCACCUACUACCUUCACCUUGAGAGAGAAGACGGCAAGAAGGUGUUCCUGUUAGCUGGCAGGAAGAGAAAAAAGAGUAAGACAUCAAAUUACCUCAUCUCCAUCGAUCCCACUGAUUUGUCUCGAGGGGGAGAAAGCUUCAUCGGUAAACUGAGGUCUAACCUCAUGGGAACAAAGUUCACCGUAUACGAUAGCGGCCUGAACCCUAUGAAGAGCACCACCAGCCUGGAAGCUAGCAACCUGCGUCAGGAGCUAGCUGCCAUUUGCUAUGAAACCAAUGUCUUAGGAUUCAAAGGACCUCGCAAGAUGAGUGUCAUCAUUCCUGGAAUGAACAUGGACCAUGAGAGAGUUUCUAUCCGUCCACGAAAUGACCAUGAGUCACUGCUGGCCAGGUGGCAGAACAAAAACACAGAGAGCGUGAUCGAACUUCACAACAAGACGCCCGUGUGGAACGAUGACACACAAUCCUAUGUGCUCAACUUCCACGGCAGAGUCACUCAGGCCUCCGUCAAGAAUUUCCAAAUCAUUCAUGACAAUGACCCUGACUACAUCGUGAUGCAGUUUGGCCGCGUUGCAGAGGACGUCUUCACCAUGGACUAUAACUACCCGAUGUGCGCCCUGCAGGCCUUUGCUAUCGCCCUCUCCAGCUUUGACAGCAAGUUAGCGUGUGAAUAGAUCCCAGCCUGAUGUUCAGCUGAGAACUGGUCCAUCUGUCCCUCUUAUCAAGGGCUGUUAACGAUUCACUGCGGCUGGUUUGAGAUCUGCAAAUCACCCAGUACCUUGAAACGCCUGCAUAUCCCAAAAUGCUUCAUGGGCCUCAAGUUUUGUGUGUAUGUGUGCGUGUUUGGGGGGGGAGGUGUGGGAUGGACCUUGGGUUAGUCUUGGUCGGUAGAAGAAAACAAGCACAAAGAGCGAUCCACUUGCAAAAUCAGACUCAUUUGUAAUGAAAUGUUGAAAGCAAACACUUUUCCUUUAUAUAGUAGUUAGACAAAUUUAACAUUUAUCUGUAAAUGACAGUAAAACUAACAAUGACACAUCUGUAAGUUCUCAAAGUUGACUGGAUUUUAUGUAAUCUGCCACACAAAAAAACAAAAACAGGUCACACUCUUCCUCAAGCAUGAAUACCGGUUCUAUAGUUACUGAAUUUAAAAUAACAUGCACGACACAAUAUAUAUUUAUUUUCUUAUUUAUGUAUUUAUUACAUGUUCAUUUUGUUUUCUGCAGCUACAAGCACAUCAAUUAGCAUCACAAGAAGGAAUCUCUUUUGUAUCCCAUCCAAACUAUCAGCUGAUUGGACUUACAGAGGGUCAAGGCUUGCUGUGUUCCAGACACAGAACCCUGUCACAGUGUCAUGUAUGUGAAUGUAAAUGAUGAUGGUGCACUUUACUUUGAAGUCUGAUGUGGAUGAGAUAUAGCUGUACAUACUUUAUUGUGCCUUUGAAGACUAAUCCCAGUGUUUUGCAUAAAAUGAGCUGAGCUUGAAUUAAGUCUCUGCUGACGUUGCUGUCCAAACAUGCAUCAGAGAUAUUUCUCCGUAGCCCCUUUCAUUUAAUUUCUAACUCUGAUUUUAUUUAGAUUGAUGGUUGGAGUUGGAAAACCUCCAAAAGCUUUUAACAGAUGAGAAGGUAAAUAAUCAUUUACAUUGUACUGUGAAUCAGGCUGCAGAUAUUAUAUCCAUCAUAAUCAGGCUUAAGGCUCUGCUUACCUUCACAGAUUGACAAACUUCCAAGAAACACACAAUAACUGUGUGAUUCCCCUACAGAUUUCAUAUCUCCCUCUUUGCAUCUUUGAUUACUUUCUCCUUCUCUGAGGUGGUGUGUGGUUCAUUCCUCACCUGACUGGCUGUUUCUAUAUCACAUGGUUUAUUGCUGUUCAAAUUUUUACUCAAGGUAUUAUUCCUCUUGCUCCUAAUGGAGGCAGAAUCCUUUCUCAAAUGUAAGACAGUAUUUUGUAUUUAAUGACCUUAAAAAAAAGCUGAAUGAAGGCAAAGAACAAUCUCUGAUACCGCUACUGUUACUGUGGGUGAUGAGGAACUCUUUAUCAAAUGUACUAUUCUUGUACUCAACUGUGUUCUAACUAUUUUGAAUUUCUAUUUUAAAACUGUUGAUACUCUUGCUGUAAAGUCUGCUUUUCAUACAUGUGUCCAAGAACCAAAGGUUCUUUCACUUUCUGUUUUUAGUGCUCUUGUUGUUCUGUACAGUAAAUGGUGUACAGUUUACUGUGGUGGUACGGACACAGUCCUUUGAUCAUGACAAAUGAAAUAAAACUUGAGUUAGUCACA